CUCUGUUUUGUGUAAUAUAUGUUGAUUGGUUAAGAUAUGCUAUUUCAUAGAAAUAGCUUAAUCAAAACUCUUGUAAUAUUUUUUUCAGUUUACGACUACACCUAAAGUCAUCACGUAAAAGGUUUCUUUCAAAAUAGCACGACCGAUAAUAAUACUGCUAAUACCUUACACGAUAAAGCAUUUUUUUUUAUUAUUUAGCGUGUCUAUUUAAUAAAAAAUAUUGCAAUGAUACAACGGGCAAUCUGACCUAGGAUGAAAUGGAACGAAUGGUCGAUGUGGACAGAAUAUAGGAUGAUAAUAUUAAACAUAAAACUGUACUUGUAAACAAAAAAGUGAAAGAUGACUUGUUGGCUUUGAGGCUCAGGAGAAGACGCAAGCUAGUCAUCUUCAUCCAAUAACAAUGCAGGAAUUUGGAGACAAUUAAUUGAAUAUAGAAUUAAAAUUUAGUAAAUUUGGAGUUGAAAUAUAACUAAAAUUAAAGCCAAACUCCCUAAAGUAAAAGUAGAAAAUCACGAUGUUCAGGUCCAGUGGCAGUAAGACCUUUCCAAUGGCACAUGAAGAUUUGAUUCAUGAUGUUAAAUAUGACUUCCAUGGGAAAAGAAUGGCAUCAUGUUCAAGUGACCACAGUGUUAAGAUCUGGGAUUGUGAUGAGGAAGACCAAUGGAAUUGUACAGCUGCAUGGAAGGCACACAGUGGAUCAGUUUGGAGAGUAACAUGGUGCCAUCCAGAAUUUGGUCAGGUCAUAGCUACUUGCUCUUUUGAUCGAACUGCAGCAAUCUGGGAGGAAUUACUAGGUGAACAGUCAAGAGAAGGCAAACAAUCACACUGGGUGAGAAGAACGAGCUUGGUAGAUAGCCGAACCUCUGUUACUGAUGUUAAGUUUGCUCCUAGACAUUUAGGAUUAUUGUUGGCAACAUGUUCUGCUGAUUGUGUUGUUAGAAUAUAUGAAGCUCAUGAUGUGAUGAAUCUCAGUCAAUGGUCAUUACAACAUGAAAUACAAUGUGGUCUUAGUUGUAGUUGUUUGGCAUGGAAUCCAUCCAUGUUUAGAUCCCAUCUACCUAUGAUAGCUGUAGGUAGUGAUGAUCCUAGUCCCACGGCAGGGGGUAAAGUUCAUAUCUAUGAAUAUAGUGAUGCUAACAGAAAAUGGAGAAAAGUUGAAAUCAUAUCAAUGGUAACAGAUUCUGUACAUGAUUUGGCUUUUGCACCAAAUUUUGGGAAGUCCUAUCAUAUCUUAGCCGUAGCUUCUAAAGAUCUCAGUCUGUUUAGCAUAAAACCAAUUGGCAAUCUAGGAAAAGAGCCAGUAAGUGCUGGAGCUAUCAGUAAAUUUGAUAUGCACCGAAUAGCUGAAUUUACUGAACACGACUCCAAGGUAUGGCGAGUAAGUUGGAAUGUUUUUGGUACAGUACUAUGUUCAUCUGGUGAUGAUGGUUGUGUUAGAUUAUGGAAAGCUAACUAUAUGGGUUCCUGGAAAUGUAUUGAGGUUAUGAGAGGAAAUGGUAAAAGGUCUGAACAACAACUGGAGCCUAAAACAACAAUAGUUACUGCAUCCAAUAAUCAGAAUAUCAGAUUACCACCUCCUGGAAUAAUGAAUAUAAAACGGAACUCUGGUUGGCCAUCUUUUAGUACCAAUGCAGAUAAAGGCAAACUUUAUUACUGAUGAACCAGUAUGAUGUACUGUUCUACUGCUGCCACCUGAUAAAUGCUCAAAAUUAGGAUUGUAACAAUAAAGUUAAAUGAGUUUAUUUAAGCCCGAAAUUGAACAUAAAACGUUUGCAAAUAUCCUAAAUUCUAAUCUUGACUAAGAGAAUAAAUUUCUUCUCCAUUGACACUUUUAUAUGUUUAUAAAUACAUGUAGUUUAGCCAAAAUUUCAGAAAUAAUUAGUAACAAUUUCAUUUUCCAUGCAGCAUAUACAGUAUAAUACAUAGGUAUGAUAGGACACCCUAUCUUGAAUAGUGUGCAUCUAGAAAGCAAACAAAACAUUACACUCAAGUGUGAUGCCGAAAAUGUUUUUCCAUUGUUUGAAACUUUAAUCUAUCAUGAAAAUAAUUGUUUUGGCUAUAAAUUAUGUCCCUUCAACACCAUGGUAUUGAUAUACAUGUUCAGUACGGAUGUCUAGUGUACAUUUAUAUUUUCUGGAAUUGAAACAAAUCUUUUACAUUCUUGUAAUAAUGGUCAUAUAAAAUAAUAUAUUGAAGCUUCAAUAUAAUUUGUGGGAUUUAUGUUGUAAAAUAUUUUGUAAUUAUUCAGGUUUUUUUGUCCUCUGUAAAAUUGAUUUUGCGGUAUGAUUUGGACUUAACCAUAAAAGAUAUCUGACACAGUUUGAGAAAUAUUGAAGUACUGCACUAAAAACCAAUUAUUAUUAAAUAAAAACCAACAUAGUAUUAAGGCCUUAUUGAUAUUCUUCCUACAUAUUUGUAUAUUCAUUUCAUACAAUUAUUUUUGUAGAUAAAAAUUAUGAACCUUUAUUGAUGUGAAUGGUUUUAUAUUUUGUUUUAUUUUAUAAAUAUUUUUUAUGGCUAUAUAUUUGAGAGUAGGCAUGUAUUUUUAUUUAUAAUUUUCUGACAUAUUUUAAAAAUUUAAGAAUUUGUUUUAAUACUUCCAGCUGGUUGUGUUAGCUUUGUUUUAAUACUUCUAGCUGGUUGUGUUAGUUUUCUUUUAGAGGGUGGAGUUUAUUGUGUGGGAAACAAUAUACACAGAAGGGUUAAUAAUAAAUAGGUUAUUUGAAAAGGUUACUGCAUUUAAUAACAGGGGCCAUUGGUUGAUUGUUUAUAGUUUGUGUUACCAUUCCAAAAUUAGAAUAAUCUUUCAAAUAUAUAAAACUACAAACUAACACUUUGCCUACAGUUAUAUAUUUUUUUAUAAAUAAAACCAAGAAGAGGUAGUUGUUUGAUUAGUUUAGAAUAGUUAGUUAAUUAUGCUGAUAUAUGGGAACAUUUCAGUUAUUUCGAUAAUAGUUAUCUCUUAUAUCUAUUGAAGACAAUAUUAUUCUGUAGAAACCACAAAACUAUUUUCGUCUUUUAUAAGAUUAAUAUAAAAUGACACAUCUUUCAAUUUCAGAGUUAAAAAAAAUGUGCAUAUAUAUAAUUAAUGCAUAAUUAUAUUUACCAAAUUUAAGUUAUAAUAAAAUGGUAUAAAAAAGU